AUGGAAGUCUCAUUCGUCACCGAUCUCUGGGAAUCGCCUUAUUUGCAACAGAAAAAGGACGAGCUGCUCCGCGAGGCUCAGAUGAACGCUACCAUCGACGCGGUCUCCUCCGGGAAAGUGCCAAUGGACGAGACGAUGGCGUGGGCUUCAGAACCCACGCCAAGCCGAGUCGAAGAAUCACCCCAACCCCCAAUCCCCCUGAUUAUCCAAGAGCAGAAGAAGCCGGUGCUGCCCGUUAUUCUAUCGUUGCCCUCCGCAACGUCCAGCAAAAGAAACUCUCCCUCCACGACCAGGCAGGGCUCUUCGUCGCCAGAGCUCGCCACCGACCAGUCUACAGUGGCCGCCUCUUUUCCGAUAAAACCGAGAACGAAUACGAAGCUGAACCCAAAUGCACCGACGAUCAAGUGUGCGCUUUGCGAUAAUAUGAUUAUGGCGACCAGACUCUCAAACCUCACAAACCACGUCCGGCGGCACGCCUUCCUGAAGCAGUACUCGUGCAUCUACUGUGAAUACAAUCACAACGAGAUGGCAAAGGUCCGCCUCCACAUGCUGCACAACCACAAGGACGGCGACAACGCGCCCCUCGACAACCUGACCCCCGAAAUGCAGGUCCAAUGGGAUAUGCUGAUGUCGCAGUGCUUCCCUGGCUUCGAUCCAAAGAGCCUCAAGGGGGCGAGAAGCGAGGUGGCCCUACAAACAUGCAUAGAAUGUGGCGAGCAGGUCAAGGACAAGCAUUUGGAGGUGCAUAUCCAGGCCAAGCACCCGGGCGACUGCCAUCCAUUCUGCUGCAAAAGUUGUGGAUACGAAAAUGCAGAUGAAUGGAAAGUGCGGCUUCACAUUAUCGUGCGACAUGCCGAAGAAGCGGCAGGGACCUAUCCGCAGCCGCUUCCACCUGAUAGUCGAUGGGGGCUCUACAAGAAGAAGUUUUUCCCGUCACUGCCUGGUGCUGAUGAGGAGGAAGAGGAACUAUUCACCCAACUCAAAGAAAUCUCCCGAAAAGACGGCAAAGAGUUGGGCAAGGGCGAUAAGACCAAAUGCCAGACGUGCCACAAACAAAUCGACUUCCCGAAUCGGUCGCUGAACGCGCUGCUAAUGCACGCGAAAAGCCACUGUCCGACGAAGCCGUACGCCUGCUCCUCCUGUGGCUUCUCCUCCUUCGUGGUGGCCCCCAUCAAAGCGCACAUCGCCUCCGCGCAUCACGAUGAGGAUAAGGUGGAGGUGUACGAGACGGAACUCGACGAGCUGCACGAGGCGUGGUCGGAGACGAUGCUCGAGUGCUACCCAAGAAUGGAGAAGCAGAUCAAGGCCUACCGGCUGAAAGGCUUCAAAAAUGGCUCUACGCAGCUGAAGGGUGACGACGACGAGCCACCACUAAAGAUAAGUCGCAACGAGAGCGCUAUUUUGAAGCUGGCCACCUCUGUCCUGGCCAACCAAGUGGCCGCCAGC